AAAAGCGAAAAUGAAAUCCGAACAAGGCUUCACAAUUGACAGAGAAGGGUGGACAGAAGAAGAAGAAGAAGGGAAAAAUGCAGAUUUGCAGAACUUAGUAAGCCCCUGGAGCUCUAUCUCAUGUCCGUCCUUCAUUUCUUGAUUUUGCUUAUCGCGUUGGGGUUGGGGUUUCCUGGUUUGGAUUCUCGUCUCGUAAUGGCGCUCCAAUUCCCACAUAGAAAGCUCGCAGACGCUCCGUGUCCUUUGAAUUUCGAUGCUUUACGCGAACUCGUUCACGGUUCGAAUCGACUCGACUUUCCAGAUGUAUCCGCCAAGUGUCAAUACGUUCUUCAAGGUCUCCGUCUGGUUGAGUCUCUGUAUCUUCAAACCAGUGGGUUCUUCCUUCCUCCGUUAAAUGCCUCCGAGGCAUGUUGGGAUUCAUACCAAUCCUUAAUCGAUGAAAUCAUCCCCGACUUCGACAUUCUCUUCUCUUGCGGUUUCCAGACCAGCUGGAUUUCCGAGGGUUGUAUGGAUAUUACGUCUCGUUCGCAGUUUGAAUCAAUAGUUCCCCAGUCCUCUUUGCUGGAAGUCGAGCAUUACUGCAACCAGGCCCUUGAGAAUGGCUCUCCCUGCGCUUCGUGCACUACAAUUCUGUCCAGCCUCCAAGCAGCUUACUUGCGCGGCCCUCAAGUUGGGAACGUCUCGGCCUGUACUGGAUACCCGUCAAUCUAUGCUGCCGGUAACGUUAAUCGAUUUGGGCCGACUGACAAAGGGACUGCCAUGUGUUUGUUCUCUCUCUAUUUCUCUUCCUCUACUUCGAGCAACAACAGUCGCAAGACCCUGAUUAUUGGGGUUGUGAUAGGCGGUAGUGUUGGCUUGCUGGGUGUAUUACUGGGCUUUUGGUUUCUAAGGAGAAGGUAUACGAAACGGAGGAAGAGGAAGAUGUUUGUCAAAAUUACUCGGACAAGUUCAUUUUCGGAGUUGGAAUUGAUUAGUGGGAGUACGAGUCUUAUUAAGUUCACGUUCGAUGAAAUCAAACAGGCUACGAGGAAUUUUUCAAGGGAUAACAUAAUUGGUAAGGGAGGUUAUGGUAAUGUUUAUAAGGGAACUCUACAGGAUGGGUCUGAGGUUGCAUUUAAGAGGUUUAAGAACUGCUCUGCUUCAGGGGAUGCCAGCUUCACCCAUGAAGUUGAGGUUAUUGCCAGUGUUCGGCAUGUAAACCUUAUUGCUCUCAUAGGAUACUGCACUGCCACUACUCCUUUUGAGGGCCACCAGAGGAUCAUCGUAUGCGAUUUGAUGCGCAACGGAAGCCUCGAUGACCAUUUGUUUGGAUCAACAGAGAUGAAGCUUAGUUGGCCAAUCCGCCAGAAAAUUGCACUUGGGACGGCGAGGGGGUUGGCUUACUUGCAUUACGGGGCACAACCAGCCAUCAUCCACAGGGAUAUUAAGGCUAGUAAUAUCCUAUUGGACGAGAUGUUUGAGCCCAAAUUGGCAGAUUUUGGCUUCGCAAAGUUUACACCAGAGGGGAUGACCCAUCUGAGCACCAGGGUGGCUGGGACACUGGGUUAUGUCGCCCCUGAGUAUGCUCUGUAUGGGCAAUUAACCGAGAGAAGUGAUGUUUACAGCUAUGGGGUUGUGCUUCUUGAGCUUUUGAGUGGGAAGAAGGCCAUUAUUAGUGCUAAUGGUGGCCGUACCUCCCUUUUGGCGGAUUGGGCUUGGUCCCUGGUGAGAGAAGGGAGAGCUUUAGAUGUCAUCGAAGACGGUAUGCCUGAGUUGAGUUCUAAAGAAGUCAUGGAGAAGUACGUUCUGGUUGCUGUUCUUUCUUCCCAUCCGCAUUUAUAUGUUAGGCCAACUAUGGAUCAGAUUGUGAAGAUAUUGGAGACUGAUCUGCCAGUUCCCUCAAUACCAGAACGCCCUAUUCCUAUUGUAGCGGAGAUUAGUGCUAUUGAGAGAUCAGUGAAUGGUAGCAGCUCACGUCAGUUGUCUAGUUCUGCUGGCUACCAGUCCUUCAUCUUUGAGGACAACAAUCCAAAUUCUGAGAAGAGGAAAACUCAGUACUGGAGAACCAAAGAACGGAGUAAGAUGAUCUGACAUGAAUGAUCAUCACCAACUCUCCAAUAAUUGCUUGCUUC